AUGAUGCUAUCAACUAUUUAUUUUGCUGCUACUAAUGGCAGAAACCCUAUCUCAACUCUCUGUCUCUCUCCCUCGCCAAAAUCGCCAUCGCCGCACCCACCCGAUCCCGUCGGCCCGUCGUCCUCAAGUAGUUUUCCGGCAAUCUGCUCCACGCUCGCCCUCAAGCAGUCAAGUUGUUCAACUCAAGGCUCGGGAACUGCUCCACCCUCGCUCGCUCUCGUUCACGGCCAGAGAUCUGCUCCACGCCUCCACCCUCGCCCUCGUAUGUCAACUACCCCGUCAUCUCCAUUCGAAGGUUCGUCUACAAGUCCAAUCCCGAUGGAUAAUUUAAUUGAUGAUAUGGAUGCUGCUGCGAUUGAAAAUGAAGAUAUUUCUCUCCAAGAAGGCCAAGAAGGCCAAGAAGAAGAAGCCGUCCGCGAGGAAAAAAGUGCAGAUGCUCCAUUCCAAAGAAAAAAACGGAAAAAAACUGCUAAAUGCUGGAAAGAGAUGACAACUUAUGCCGACAUAAAAGGUGUUCAGAUUGCCGAGUGCAACUACUGCAAUGAAAAGUUACGAGUGAACAAGACCAGCACCACAACUCAGAUCCUGAAGAAGAUCUUCAUUUUGAAGAAGUUGAAUUGCUUUAAGACAGUGCUCCAUAUUGUUGCUGCCAGUGCCAGUGAUGGAUUUACGCUCCUCGAUAGCAACACAUUGGUCAAUUACCUCACCAUCCACAAUGAAUAUGGGGUUCAGUGA